AUGUGGGCACCCCCCCCCAGUUCUAGCAGAUACCUCAGCUAUUUCCACCAACCAUUGGACCCCCUCACUGGUCCACAAGGUGAUCCGAAUCACCUAAUUAAUCCAUCUUUGGCUGGAAAAGAGUCUCGCUAUGUUCUCAUGUGGGCUAUGCUACUCAAAGAGUUGGCUUAUGGCAUUAUUUUUAGAGGAUGUAAGCAAUGUGGUCCUUUAAAAAGGCUGCUUAAAGACCCAGGAGACUGUUGCAUCCCGAUGCUGCUCCAGUCUAAUAAGAAGAUGAUCCUUUGGUCUAGGCCACCUGUGAACAUUGCUGUGACUAUAGUUCCCCAGUAUUUGCACCUGCUACUUCAUCACUUGGCCAGCACCACAGGACUUGGAGAUAAGUCACCAGUACAAAUGUUGACCAUAAGAGCUGAGACUUCCAAUAGACAUGGACCCAAUAUGUGCUCUGACAGUUCUAGUCUGGAAAAAAGGAAGGUGACAGCUGGUUAUAAGGUCAUUCCAGAAGUAUUAGAUGGUAGAGAAGGUACAAAAGUAGCAAGGGCCACUCCCAAGAGGCACAGCCAGGCAAUGGCAGUUCCUGUGCCUACGGCAUUGGCCCAGGUGGAUAGAGAGAAGUUCUACCAGUGGAUCAAUGAACUCCCCAGUCUGGAAACAAGAGAAAAUGCUCUCCUGGAGCUAAGUAAAAAUCAUGAGUCUGUUCCUGAACUUGCCCCCAUGUUAUGGUAUUCUUUUGUUACUGUUGCAGCACUCUUACAGGAAAUUGAAAAUAUUUAUCCAUCUAUCAAUCCACCUACUUUGACUGCACAUCAGUCUAAGAGAGAUUGCAAUGCAUUGGCGCUAUUGCAAGAUGUGGCAUCCCACCCAGAAACCAGGUUAGCAUUUCUUGCAACCCAAAUACGCCUCUUCUUGUAUCCUUUUUUGCAAAGAGCCACCAAGACUCCUGCCUUUGAAUAUCUUUGUCUCACCAGCCUUGGAGUUACUGGGGCCUUGGUAAAAACAGAUGAACAGGAAGUAAUCAACUUCUUAUUGGCAACAGAAAUUAUCCCUUUAUGUUUGCACAUUAUGGAAUCUGGAAGCAAACUUUCCAAAACCAUCACCACAUUAAUCUUUCAGAAGAUUCUCCUGAAUGGCUCUGAAUUGACCCAUAUAUGUCAGACGUAUGAGCAGUUCUCCCAAGCCACUGUGAUCUUGGGUCAGGUGGUCCCGAAGCUGUUCAAGGAAACUUCUGCCCAACUGCUGAAGCAUGUGAUCAGAUGUUACCUUCGCCUUUCCGAUAACCCCAUGGCCUGUGGAAUACUCAGGCAGUGCUUGCCUGACCAGCUGAAAGAUACCACCUUUACCCAGGUACUAAAAGAUGAAACCACCACCAAGCACUGGUUCGCACAGCUGGUGGAAAAUCAGUGGGAAGGCCAGGUUACCGAUCCUCACAGCAUCCUCCCACACCCUCAGUGA